AUGUUAUAUGAUAGUAAAAGCUCCAAGAUUUUCUCACCUCCAAAAAUAUUCUCUGAUUUUGAUAAAAAGUAAUAAUCUCUCUAUUUAUUCUUCCUUUAAGGAGAAAUGAUGCCAUGGAUAUAGUUUUAAAUCAACAUGGCGAAGUAUAAAAUUACAUAGAUCAGGUCAAUGAUAAAACAUUGAUUGCCAUUUAAAUGGAAGUAUCUAUUUAUAUAAUUAUUUUAGGAAUAAAGAUUAAAUUAACGAUAUUUUCAUUUACUUAACUAACUUGAAAAAACUAAGUUACAAAUCAUCAAAUUAGAAGAAAAAUUAAGAUAAUAAAAUGAGUAUUUAUUGUUAUUAAUUAAGUCUUGAUAAUCAUCCCUAAAUUAAAUAAAUCAUUAGUGAAUUAUCUAAAGUAGAUCAAUAUCGUUUAGCAUUAAUUAAAAAAGUACUUAUUUCUUAUUAUUAGACUUAACAAUUAACACAAGAUUUAUAAUUAAAUUAAUUUACGAUCAAAGAACUUAAAGAAUAAGUUUAAAAUAAGCGACUUUAAAUCAGAGAUUGUGUAAGAGAUUGUUGGCAAAUUCAAUAAUAAAUUUAAAACUCUAAAACCAAUUAUACUUAAUCUACAUCUAGAACAGUAUUUUUCAUUUUAUAUAACUAUUUAGUAAAGAAUCUAAUUACAAAGUCUAGAUAUUAGCAGUAAUAGAAGCAAUAUUAACCUUUUUAUAACUGGAUCAGACUCUAAUACUAAUCGCUUAAGUUUAUCUUAAUUACCUCCUAUUAAAUUGAAAAAACACUCUAAAAGUAAAUUAUUAGAGGUUCUUUAAAAGGCAUCUUUCAAAGGAUAAUAAUAAGUAAUAUUAUAUUAACAUUUUAUAGCCUGUUGAAGAUAUUAUUGAAAUUUAUAAAUAAAUCAAUAUUUUAAGAAGAAAAACUACUGAGUAGAUGCAAGAAAUCAAAAAAAAAUAGAAUCACUAUACUUCCAUAAGAAAUUUAUUAGUUUAUUGUGCAAAUCUAUCCUUAAAAUAAUUUAAAAAUAAAUAAAAAAUUACUAAUUAAAAUGGAUAUGCAAAUUCUAUUUAUUUUGAUUUCAGUACAUCUAUAAAUUAAUCUUUUACUGAUCAAUCAAGCAAUCCCAAUCGAGAAAGAAAAAUCCAAAAUAUUUUAUAUGAUACUCUAUAAUAAAUAAUGGUUAAUAUGAUUGAUGCAUAAUAAAAAAAUGAAUAAAACUAAACUGAAGAAUCUAUGUAAUAUAAAUAUUAAAUAUUAGAAUCAAAAAUGCAAUUCCAAUAGAAUAAUUUAUGCAAUUCUCUUCAGAAUAGAUUUUAGGAUUAUUAGCACUUUAACCAAGAUUGAUGUAAGAGUUAUUAGAAAAAUUUGAAUUAAAAUAUAGAUAAUUAGGAAUUAUCACUCAAAAGAUGAAAAAUUUAACAUAAAAUUUUUGA